ACGACGACGGGCUAUUACAGGCUGCCGAUUUGUAUUUACGCCGUUUCUUCUCUUUAUUUUCUCUCACAUCCCAAAUCCCAAAUCCAGGAGAGAGGAAAGGAGAAAAAUUGAUUCUUUUAUUCAAUUCAAUUCAGAUCAUCCCCAGCUCGUCAAUUCAUCUUUUCCCCCUUUCCAUCCAUCUAGAUCGCUUCACACGAAUAAAAAAGAUCGAUGGCUUCUUCACAAGACCCAUGGGUAAGGGAGUAUAAUGAAGCAGCAAAGCUUGCUGAGGAUAUCAAUGGGAUGUUGUCCGAUAGGUUAUCUUUGCCUGCAUCUGGACCUGAAACACAGCGUCAUGCUUCAAAUAUGAGGAGAAAGAUUACGAUUUUGGGAACUAAACUUGAUAGCUUGCAAUCUUCAAGGCUUCCUUCCAAACAGUCCUUAACAGAGAAAGAGAUGAAUCGUCGCAAGGAUGCUGUCGCAAACUUGAGAUCGAAAGCGAAUCAGAUGGCUUCAACAUUGAAUAUGUCAAAUUUUUCCAACAGGGAUAGUUUGCUAGGUCCAGAAAUUAAACCUGCUGAUGCUAUGAAAAGAAUAGAAGGUUUGGAUAACCAUGGGGUUGUUGGCCUUCAAAGGCAAAUAAUGAGAGAACAAGACGAAGGCCUUGAGAAAUUGGAAGAGACGGUGAUAAGUACUAAACAUAUUGCUUUGGCUGUUAAUGAGGAGCUUACCCUGCAUACUAGGCUUAUUGAUGACCUCGAUGAACAUGUGGAAGUGACAAACUCAAGGAUGCAGAGAGUGCAAAGGAGCUUGGCAAUUCUCAACAGAAAGACAAAAGGUGGUUGUUCAUGUCUCUCUUUGCUUCUGUCUGUCGUUGGCAUAGUUGUUCUGGCCGUUGUCAUAUGGUUGCUAGUUAAAUAUUUAUAGGCCAAAAAUGGUGUUCUAAUCGGAAAGUCUUGUUUACCCUUUCAUUGUUUCAUGCUUUGCUUGUGUGUGACAAUUCUCGAGAUGUUUAUUAUAAUGUCCCAACUUAUUAUUAUUUGUAUAAUGAUUCUUGGCCUAGCA